AUGGAGGAGGCGUCGGCGAUGGCCACGGACAACGGGGGCUCGGAGGGGGCCGAGGAGGCGGCGGCAGCCGCCGUGCCGCCUUUGCCUCCCGUCUCCCCUCCCGCCCUCACCCCUGCGCCCUCCGAGGGCGAGGAGGCCGCCCCGCCGGCCGCGUCCGAGGCGGGGGCGCCCGGCUGCUCGGGCUCGCGGCCCCCCGAGCUGGAACCCGAGCGCAGCCUGGGCCGCCUCCGGGGCCGCUUCGAGUACGAGGACGAGGAGCUGGAGGAGGACGAGGAGCUGGAGGACGAGGAGGAGGAGGAGGAGGAAGACAUGAGCCACUUCUCGCUGCGGCUGGAGGGAGGCCGGCCGGAGUCGGAGGACGAGGAGGAGCGUCUGAUUAAUCUCUCGGAGCUGACCCCUUACAUCUUGUGUUCCAUUUGCAAAGGGUACUUAAUAGACGCGACCACCAUUACAGAAUGUCUUCAUACCUUUUGUAAAAGCUGCAUUGUAAGACAUUUUUACUAUAGCAACAGAUGUCCAAAAUGCAACAUAGUAGUACAUCAGACACAACCUCUUUAUAACAUAAGGUUGGACCGACAAUUACAAGACAUAGUAUACAAAUUAGUGAUCAAUCUAGAGGAAAGAGAAAAAAAACAAAUGCAUGAUUUCUAUAAAGAAAGAGGUCUAGAAGUACCUAAACCUGCUAUUCCACAGCCAGUUCCUUCAAGCAAAGGAAGAUCUAAGAAAGUCUUGGAAUCAGUGUUUCGUAUUCCACCUGAACUUGAUAUGUCUUUAUUAUUAGAGUUUAUUGGUGCUAAUGAAGGCACAGGACAUUUUAAGCCAUUGGAAAAGAAGUUUGUCCGAGUUUCAGGAGAAGCAACAAUUGGGCAUGUAGAAAAAUUCCUCAGAAGAAAAAUGGGUCUUGAUCCAUCUUGUCAGGUUGACAUCAUUUGUGGCGACCAUUUACUAGAGCGGUUUCAGACUCUGAGGGAAAUUCGACGUGCCAUUGGUGAUGCGGCAAUGCAGGAUGGCCUCCUGGUACUUCAUUAUGGGCUUGUGGUUUCUCCUCUGAAAAUUACUUGAAGUUUUGAAGAGUAUUAUGAGGCAGAGAACUAAAUAAGGAGACUUGCAGGACUGCAUCUCACCAAAGACUUUAACAAAACAUGUAAUGGCUACCACUUUGUGCUAUACAAGACAACAAUUAACAGCACCAAGAUUUAGAGCAAAAAUGCUGUUUGGAAUGAUGAAAUGCAUCUGACUUACUAGACACUAUUAAAAAUAUU